GUAAACAAUAAUAGCCCAACGAUAAAACACCGAGGAAGGAAACUCCUGAGAUUUCCCACGAGAAUUCCAGAUCGAUCAUCAGCGAAGCGCCAUGGGAGGAGAAAGCCUGGUGCACAGUCGCGUCCAUUUCGUCGCUCCUCUGUCCUUCUUCAUCGUCGUCCUUUUCCAGUUGCUGUCAAAGUGGCUCGACCGAUUAAAGAAGAACGGAUCCAGGAACACGGGAGAAGCCGAGUUGCGAUCCGAAAUUAAGCGUCUCUUGAAAGAGGCCGGCACCUUUUCUGAGCCAUCCACAUUCGCCCAAGCGGCAAAACUUAGGAGGUUGGCGGCUGCUAAGGAAAAGGAACUUGCAAAAUGCCUGGAGCUGCAAAAGAGAGAAAUAAACCUGUCUUACGAGCUGUACGGAAAGGUUCUAUUUGUUUCCAAGGCUGUGAUAUAUAUCUCCUGGGUGUUUUGGUUCUGGAGGAGCCCGAUCGCCAUUGUCCCUAAACAACUGGUGCAGCCCUUUGGGCGCUUGAUAUCUUGGGGAGCAGGAGGGGAGCUGAGCGGCCAUGUUAUGGUUGGAAUCAUACCUUGGCUGAUACUGUCCACAAGAGUUAGCAAAUACGUCUGCAGAGCCAUCGAAUUCUAAAUCAUUCGGUUCCAUGCGGACAGGCAGGCCUUGUUACGGUUUAGGAGAAAUUAAUUGUUCCCGUUGUCAGAGAUCAACAGCUUCAAUAACACCAUAUGUUAAAUUUGUAUAUUCAAUUUUGUUUUUUGUUUAAACGGCCUCAUAUGCCAAUCCAUUUGAUAUUAUUAAUUGUUUUGA